UGCGGCUGAGAGGAAGCACUUGUUGUUAGCUUCAGGGCUAGCUCUCACCCACAAACAGCCCACUAAUGCGCUUUGACAACUCCAAACCUCACCUCGCGCCACGGUUGAGUAAUCCCCGCAGUCUAUUCUUACCCAUGAUAUGCUUUCGUUUCUCAUCGUAACUUAGAUGUAGUAUGUGGAGGCAACAAGACGCUAGCAUGUGGAGCCAACAACAUAACAGGAAAUUAGCCCGUUAGCCCAGUCUGUCAUUUACAAUAGUUGACAUUUUACGUGUUAUCUUUGUAAUAAGGCACUAAAACGAUGGACACGGAGGGGAUCGUUAUACGGAUAAAGACUCCGUCGGGAGACAUGGACUCGCCUGUGGACUAUCCAUUCCUGCUAAACUUCAAUGACUUGCUGGUUGCUAUCAGAGAUGUGAUGCCUGAAGCCACUGUCACGGCGUUUGAGUAUGAAGAUGAAGUUGGUGACAGGAUCACUGUGAGAAGUGACGAAGAACUGAAAGCCAUGCUGUCCUAUUACUGCAACACCAUGACUGAACAGAGGAUAAACGGCCUGCUGCCAGACCCUCUGCAGAUAUUUCCACGAGCCGGCAAGACUCCAGGGAUCCGGAACAUACAUGGCCUGAAGGUUAAUACACGGACCAGUCCAUCCAAUGACUGCACGAUCGCUGUCCCCAACUCCACAGCCAACAACAGCUUAAAGAAAUCAUCUGCUGAACUGAAGAGAAUCCUCUCAAACGGACAGAUAAACGCUCAGGACAUCCAGUACCAGGAGCAGCUGGGACAUGGCAACGGAGGCACUGUUUACAAAGCAUAUCAUCUAUCGUACAAGCGGGUUUUAGCUGUCAAAGUCAUUCCAUUGGAUAUCACAGUGGAAUUACAGAAGCAGAUCAUGUCUGAGUUAGAAAUUCUCUAUAAGUGUGAUUCACCAUACAUCAUCACCUUCUUUGGGGCCUUCUUUGUGGAGAACAGGAUAUCUAUCUGCACAGAGUUUAUGGACGGAGGGUCACUGGAUAAGUACAAGAGGAUACCUGAACAUGUUUUGGGAAGAAUUGCUGUGGCGGUAGUCAAAGGUCUGACGUAUCUGUGGACCCUAAAGAUACUUCACAGAGAUGUCAAGCCGUCCAAUAUGCUGGUGAACACCCGAGGACAAGUCAAGCUCUGUGACUUUGGCGUCAGCACACAGUUGGUGAAUUCUAUAGCCAAAACCUAUGUUGGAACCAAUGCGUACAUGGCUCCUGAGAGGAUAUCAGGGGAGCAAUACGGCAUCCACGCAGAUGUGUGGAGUGUGGGCAUCUCUUUUAUGGAGCUGGCACUAGGCAUGUUUCCAUACCCACAGAUUCAGAAGAAUCAAGGAUCUUUAAUGCCUUUCCAGUUACUCCAAUGCAUCGUUGAUGAGGACCCUCCUGUUCUCCCUGCGGGCCAGUUUAGUGACACGUUUGUUCACUUUGUUACUCAGUGUAUGAGACGCCAACCCAAAGAGCGGCCUGCCCCCAAUAACCUCAUGGAGCAUCCAUUCAUAGUCCAGUACAAUGACGGCAACUCAGAGGUGGUCUCCCUAUGGGUGAGGUGCUGUCUGGAGGAGCGCAGGCAGCAGUGCCAGACCUAGGUCUGAAGUCCGAGAACCAGACCUGGACUAGGACCAGGGCUAGGACCAGGACACAGAGGCUGAACCAGGACUGAGAGGACCAGAGCACCACAUGUUGAACAGCCUGGAUAAACAAGUCUAUGUCAUUGUAUAGACUAUGUUCACAUAACAUCACAACAUUGUAGAAUCCCUAUAGUUUAAACUAAGAUGGAGACAGGUCAGAAAUUUGUGGUGGAGUUUGUUGUGUAACUGUCAGAUUGCAGAUGUGUUGACUUGGUUUAUGUUUAAUAUCUCUGUAAUUACUGGGCCUUUCCACAUGAAACAAGACUGGCACAAAGUUCAAAGUCUUCUCUGUCAGUAAAAGCAAACUAAAGUCAAAUUAUGUUUUGACAGUAGCUUCAGAAAAUGGUGCCAUUAUUCAGCCUCAAAGACCUGAAUGUUGGAGUUGAAAGGACUUCACAAGAUCAAUCUGGGAAGUUUGUGGAGCCACACUUAACAAAUCAUGAUAAGGUUCAACAUAUGUUACAUUAUAAAUGUGGAUAUUUCUUUCAAAAACAGUGAUUCUCCCAUAGAGUUAUAUAGCCCCCUGCCCUCCAUUUGAAACUAUGAUUUUUAGAAUGUGAACACAACCUAUUCUACAGAGGAAGUUGUUUUGUUUGUUAGAACUGGCAGAGUAAUCUAUAAUUUCAGAGUAAUACCUAUAAUUUGAACAUGUUAACCAUGCAUCUGAGAACACAGCUGGAUAUUUGUUAAAGAGCUCAAUGUUAUGCUAUUUUCUGAUCUGUUAUAAUUUUGUUAAUGUUUUCUCAUCAAAAACAUACCUGGAGUUGUGUUUUGAUUCAUUCACACAUGUUUAACCCACAAAUCAUGCAUACUGAAGCUGAGGUCUUCUCUCAAACAGAGAACACUCCACUUUGUAAUGUCAUUAAGUAGCAAUACAGGAAGUGCUCCACUGUGUUUUUAAACUCCAUACACCUUCACUAUAAUGAUGUGAAUGAUUUCAGCCCUUGAAUUGCCAAUCAAGCUGUUAACUUCAAAACGACCACUUAAUAACAGCACAAGGUGGAACAGAGAAUUUUGAUCUUUGGAGAUGUAGACAGACUAAUAAAAAGGAUUAACCUAAUGUGUAAAUGAAACAAAACACAACUCCAGGUAUGUUUUUGAUGAGGUAACAACAUUAUAACAUGGCUCACAGUUUACAAGUGUCUCUUUUACGCAAUAUAGGACCUUUAAAGAAAUCCUCCAUAAAUAUUAAACAACAUUCAAACCAGAACCAGCAAACGGUCAGUGCCACACUGCUCACAUUUUGAAAGCUAGUCUACAAAAGUCUAACCCAAGCUCCUUGAAUAUGAUUGGCCCUGGGAAGAAUGACCCAUUUCAAAUUGCACUUCUUUGGUUUUCAAUAUCGUCUCUCAAUGGAACUGCCUGACACAAUGAGAGUCUGGAACCUGGUUCUCACAAGGAACCAUAGGAACUGCAUAGGAGAGGGGGACACUGGGAGGGCACGUGGAUUAUCUGUCCUUAUUGCAUGUACAGGGGGUUUGACUGUGAUUUUCAAACACGUUUUUGUCCCAUUAUAUUUUACAGUCUUGAUGGCACUCAUCAGUUUAUUCAGUUAUUUUAAAAAGGGUUCAAGAAACUCUCUUUCUUAAAACCUUUUUCUGGUAAUUUUUUGUGAAUGAGAUGUAAAGGGCAGUUGAUUUCUCAUUGCUUUCUGGAGUGGGUGGAGUUUGCAGAAUUCUUCCGCCCACAACCACAUUUCAAAUAGAGCUGCUAAACUGGGCAGUACCUAGAGGACUUGAGGGAAGACUGAGGGAAGUGUGAGGGGAGAGUGAGGGGAGAGAGAGGGGAUAAGGGCAGUGCGACUGGACUAACAAGUAUUCACACUUCAAAUUCUGACCCUGCAGCCAGGUGUUUGUAAAUAGAAACGGAGAGCUGCAAAUUUACCUAGUUUGCACACAAAAAAAAAAUACCAGGAGUAGUAGAUAAUGCUAUUAAACCACAUUAUAACCAGUUUAGUAGUGAUUUUUUUGUGUGUUUGGUUCCACUUCCACUUUUGGAUCCACUUAGAGUGCUUAGAGUGCACCGUAGAGUGCUUCUUUCAUAUUGUCUAAUGUUUUGGGAUGAGAAGCUGUUUGAUGUGAUCCUGUGUGCCUGUUGUACUGUUUACCUUAGCUCACAUGCAGACAGGACCAGCCUGUACCUGUCCUAUCUGUGACUGUGGAUUGUGGAGCUGUGAAGGGUUAGUGAAGCCUUUGGAGAUGACCACGCAGGAGAUGGCAGCUCCCUCCUUGGCCAAUCCAGUGUCAGACAGAUGUUGUGGCUGUUAGGAGCUUUUCAUGCACUGCUGGAAUGAACUGUGGAGUGCCCAAGUGCAAUUAUGUGUAUAUAAGAAGAGACAAGAGACCUACUACAGGAACAGAGACCUGCUCUGCCAAAUGCUACCUUAAUGUCAAAAUUUCCUCUUUAUUUCAUUGUGUUUUCACUGUAAAGGGCCCAUAUUACUCUUUUUUCUGAUCUAUGUUAUAAUGUUGUUUCCUCAUCACAGACAUACCUGGAGCUGAGUUUUCUUUCGAUCACGUUUAACACAAACCCUGCAUAUUUAAGCAGUGUUCUUCUCUCAAAUGGAAAACACUCUGUUCCACUUUGUGAUGUCAUGCAGUAAUACAGGAAGUGCUCCACUGUUGUUUUAAAUCCCACACACUUUCAGUUCAAUCAUUUGGACAAUUUCAGCCCUGGACUUGCCAAUUUCUGCAGAACAAAAGGUAAAAGGUAGCUGUUACCUUGGACAUUAUCACUUCAUGACAUCACAAUGUGGAAGAGAGCAUUUUCAGCUUUGUGGAUGUAUACAGACUAAUAAUAAAGGGUUACUCCAGCAUGUGUGAAAGAAACAAAACACAACUUCAGGUAUGAUUUUGACGAGCUAACGACAUUAUAACUAUAUAUUGUCAUGGUAUCCAAAAGGAAUUGUGUUGCAACAAUAAAAAGGAAUUAGCAAAAUACCAAAUAUAUUUUAGCAAACAGACCUAUUUCAAAUGACAUCAAUAAUGCAGGUGGGCGAUAUAUCGGUUCCAAAUUUAGUAUUGUGAGAUUGGAAGCUUUUCUCAGAUGAGUAUUGGUCCAAUAUUAUUUAUGCCUGGAGAACCGACCCAACUCAAAAUGAACAAAAAAAACAACAAAAAAAACGUCAAAUUUAACUUCAGAAGCCCAGAGUGCCACUUCUGGCCCCUGCAUAGAGACGCAUAGUGGAUGAAUAUUAAACUAAAAUGAGCCAGAGUGGUAGUGACAAGAUGGCUGACCACAUGCUUUUGUUGAGCUGGAAAACUACCUAAACAAAAUCAUCUUCUCAGCAAACCAUCAGUUGGUAAAAUUGUAGGGUUUUUUGUUCAUCUUUUUAGUAAUAGCUUACAGAAUGUCUAGAAGUACUUUUUAUAUUCUUUUUGGAUAAAUUAUAUUCUUUAAGGGUCAAAUUUGUCCAUGUUCCUAAAUUAGGAAAUAAAGGGUUAAAAUUGGAAAGUGGAUAUUUCAGUGUUCAGUGAACUUAUACCAGUAAUUUAAUGCAUUUUUUAGAAUUUUUGAAAGAAGAAAAGGGUUCUUGGGUUCUCCAGGGUUAAAAUGCCCUUAUUUGGCACAGAUUUAUUUCUAAGGUGUUCCAAUCUGUGUCUAUGUGUUAUUCCCAGUUUGCCCUCAGUGCAUCAGGCUUGUGUUUAAAACAGAUUAAGAGCUACAAUGGAAACAGAAGAGCUAAAUACAUAUGUCUGUAUGCUUACAGAGUCAUGCAACUAAUGAUUUAUUUUACCCACUGUUGUUGUCAUUUUUAUACAAGUGAAAAAUGUAUUUGUGAACUUCACUAUCAAAAUGGGGCCUUAGAUUAUCAAAUAUUCAUAUCAAAAUUGGCACAUAUCGUACAAGUAUCAUACUAACCAUAUCGAAAUAUUUUUGUUUUCAGUUUUUCUUUCUGAUUAGAACAGACUUAAACAACUCACAUGACUAAUUUUGAAUGGUUGUGGUUUUAAACUUUAUUUACACUGUGGUCAUAGUAAAACAUUUAAGCCUUAGUUUACUCACCUCACAGAAUGUGCAGCGUCAUCUCCUGUUGGACCUACAAGUGCAGUCUGUGGGAGGGAACCAUUCUUACAACUGUUACAGAUCGCCUGCUUUCUAUUAAAGGAACUGUAUGUAGCGUAGAUCUUACAGUUUUAAUAUAACAAUAUUUAAUCACGACUGAACCUGUGUUGCCAGAGCCUUAUACUGCAGAUAGAGGACACAUACAAGUUUUUCUCAUUCACAGUACAUGGACAGGCUUCAUGUGAAAGCCCAGAGCCUCCAGAAUUCAUUCACUGAGCUCCAGAGGCUGCACUAGCACUGAUUCAUGAUUGGCUGCAGAUGCUGGGGUUUAGGUAGGACCGUUCAGAUCAGAGAGAGCCCAUUUAGGUUUAAACCAGCUAGAUUUCAGAAUUGAAACUGGCAACCCAAAUGUGAGACUCAUGUGAGGCUUAUUCUGCUUUCUGAUUGGAUUGUCUUGAGAACCAAAACACCUAAUUAUAGCUACUUGAUCAUCAUGUCCAAUGCGUUUAUAACUAAAAAUAAAUCAGCAUUAGAGUUGUUAUCAGUCAAUCAUGUUUACCUUGUAUCUGGGGACACAGAUAGGUCAUGUGAUGUAAUUUGACCUCUGCACUGAUUUUGACCCAAUUAGACCACGUGAUCCGAAUCCUCUUUUUUAUGGCCAUUUUGGAACACAGCCCAACUCAGUAUUUGAGUUGUAAUCUCUCUUGUGACUGCAGUUUCUGCCUGGCCAAAUGAGGCAGAGUGAGACUGAAGUAAAGCAGUGACCAGGUGGUGUGCGUUGUGUCAAAUAUAGGAAGCUCAGCCUACAGGCCAGUGACUCCUGAACAAUGCGCGACAAAUGAUGGUUUGUGCUUUGUGUUAUGUUAUUAUUGAAAUGGCUCAUAUUUAUUAUUUGGCUAUGAUGUUUUAUGAUGUGUUUGUUACUCUGUAUAAUUUUGCCUUUGUUGUACGCUGGUACAUAUCCAACCAGAAUGCACAAUAAACUUAUGUAAGCAGCCU